GACAUUGAUCUGAGAGAUUACGACGGCGACAACGUCCUGCACUUGGCUAUAACGGGCGGACAUGAAGGGAUAGCCCGAGAUCUCUUGGACGCGGGAGUGAUCGAUUGGAAGGCCAGAAAUGACAACGGGAGCGAUGCCUUAAGCUUGGCGUGCAACAAAGGCAUGAUGGCGAUUGUUAAAAUUCUCCUAGAGAAAGGAGCUGAUGUCAACACCAGAGACGUGCGCCAGUGGACGCCUCUGAUGGCUGCCGCCGUGGAGAAUCAUUUCGAAGUGGCCGAGCUGCUCAUCAAGGCAGGGGCGGAUGUGAACGCCGAGCAGAUAUCCGGAGGGACCGCCCUGGAGAUCUGUGCCGACCACGGUCACGCUGACACGCUGAGCGUCCUGCUGAAACAUGAUCCGAAGAUAAAUCACAGAAAUAAGUUGGGGUACACUGCACUACUGACGGCGGCACUCAAAGGUCAAACAACCGUGGUGAAGAAAUUACUCAAGCCCAAGUACGAGGCCCAUGUGAACAAAACCGGGAAAGACGGAAGGUCUCCACUGUUUGUCAGCGCACUGGAUGGUAACAGCAUUAUUGUAACGCAUCUGCUCAAAGCAGGUGCCGACCCUAACAUCGCCGACAAUGGCGGGGAUACGCCUCUGAUGUGUGCGUGUCAAAACGAUCAACUUGAGAUUGUUCAAACGUUGCUGGAGGCCGGGGCUGAUGACCUACAUUUCAACUUGGAAUAUCAAAACGCCCUGGCGUCGGCUGUACAAAAUAACCGGAAACGGAUCGUGAAAGUGCUGCUGUCCAGACAGCCCAAACCUUACCCUGGGAUCAACUUUAGGGCUAAAAAAGGCAUCGGCCUGCUACAUAAAGCCUGUUUUACGGGCAGCGCGGAAAUUGUCAAAUCGCUCAUAGAACAUAGGGCUGACGUGAAUCUCCCUGGACCCAAUGGACAAACCGCCCUCUGCAACAGUGCGUACAAUGGACAGACCGAAGUAGUGCAGGUACUUCUCAGUGCCGGGGCACUGGUAGACUUGUGUGACGCUGAUGGGGAUGGUCCACUGCUCAAUGCUGCAGGAAAAGGUCACCUCAGCAUUGUUAAAGAGCUACUGAAUAAAACGGCAGAUGUAAACAUUUCAAACUUAAAAGGUCAGACGCCACUAAUGCAAGCUGCGUAUGGUGGCCAUUUGGACAUCGUUGAACUGCUCGUGCAGAACAAAGCAGACGUGAACGCCAUUGAAAGAAAAGGAUGGACCGCUCUGAUGUUAGCUGCUCAGUUUGGAUACACGCCGACUGCCAUUUACCUCAUACAACAUGGGGCAGACGUCGACAACAAAUCUAAAGCUGGAGUUACCGCCCUAGAUAUCAGCGCUGGACAUGGUCACGCUGACAUUGUCCGAGCCCUUAUUGAGAAGAAGGUGCUUGUCGAUGUCAUUGAUGAGGACGGCUCGACGCCCCUGCUAAAAGCUGCCAUGAAAGGACACGCCACGACGGUGGCCCUUUUAAAAGACAGCGGAGCAGACAUCGAUUGCGCCAACUCGAAGGGCCACACGCCGUUGUUGCUGAGCACGCACGAAGGCCACGCUGAAGUGGUGGAGGUGCUCCUAAACGCCGGAGCUGAUGUGAACAAAGCGGACAAAGAUGGUGUGCCACCGUUACACGUGGCGGCACUGAAAGGCCACAGGGUUAUCGUGGAGGACCUGAUCAGCAAAGGUGCUCAGAUCGGUGUGACUAGUAACAACAAGAGGACGGUGUUGAUGAACGCCGCCAACAACGGGGACCCCGAAAUCGUGAGGAUUUUGAUCAACGCAGGAGCUAGUGUGAACCAGUGCGGGGACAACGGCUGGACACCAAUCAUGCAAUGUGGGCAGUUUGGGAAAACCGAGUGUAUGAGGGUUCUUUUGGAGAAUGGAGCACAUCCCGAACCUACGGACAAUAAAGGUAACACGGUAUUUCACAUUUGCUCCGCCAAUGGUCACAAAGACGCCGUUCGAUUACUGUUGGAGUCUAAAGGAAAGGCGGCAUCAGCCAACAACAGCGGCUUCACGCCUCUGAUGCUGGCGUGCCACAAUGGGCACGUGGAGAUCGUUCAUUAUCUGCUGGAGGCCCAAGACGUCUUAAACAAUUUGGACUCUAAAGAGUUUGACGGAGGCGACACGGCUUUGAUCAUCGCUGCCAAGAGAGGAAAGGCGGGCAUCGCCAGGGCACUGAUCAAAGCUGGAGCUGACGUCAACGCCACCAACAGACAUGGCAGUACGCCGCUGAACAUCAGCGCACAGUUUGGACACAGCGCUGUUGUGGAUGAUCUUCUAGAGAAGGGGGCUGAAGUCGAUUUGGCCGAAUCCGAUGGAGACACGCCUCUGUUGUCGUGUGCCACGAACGGACACCAUCUGGUGAUGCAGAGACUUCUGGGAAAAAAGGCGGAUGUCAACAGAAGGAACACGAACGGAAAGACUGCCCUGGUGCUGUCGGCAGAAAAUGGUCACCGCCAGGCCGUGAAGGUGCUC